GUUUCUCAUAUUGCAGCCAGACACGUAGCCAGCCACUGUGCAUUGGGUUCGGGUCGAGACGCAGAGAGAUUUGUGAAAGAUGUCAGGAACACGCUGCGACAGAGUCGAAAAAUGAGCAGGAAUCGUAGGCGGAGCUUCCCCAGCAGCCGAAAUGAAGACAAGACCGCCGCUGCACAGCCAAGUGGAAGUAGUUUGAGAUCCCAAUCUCUGUCCAGGCUGGACAUCUCGGUUCAAAACUCAUCCAUCUAUUACAAUGAUACGCGAAACACGCGACCACAAAUGGUCAGUGUGGCCGUCGGCACAGAUUCAGCGGAUAUCCUGAAUGGGCGCACAUCAUUCCUGUCCCAUAGUCGGUCUCAAGGGAGUGAAGUGGAGUUUCCUUCGUUCUACGAAAGCUUUAAUCCUACUUUUCUUCCCAAGCUGCCUAUCAGAAGAUAUCCCCAUAUGCUUGUGGGGGCAUCAAAAGAGCCUGAGACUUCGAAAAACCAGCCAGCAACUCCACAACCUAGGCCAAUUGAGCCAAUAUCUGAGGUGCCGUUUGUGGAACCGGCCUUUGAGAGAAAAUACUCUAGGACCCGUGGACUUAGCAAGGAUAAUGAGUAUGAAUAUGUUGAGAGCACAGAUGAGGAGUCUCGGAGGCUGAGCUUCACUAGCUAUACGGAUGAAUAUGAUAGGGCAGAACCACUCAUAACCAAAACGCAAAAGUUUUAUAAAAAGAGAGCCCCCUUGAUUCCCAAAUACGAUUCCGAGGAUUCAUAUGUUGUCCUUAAGGAAAACAAUCAAAAGGAAUCGGGUCUCUCGUUUAAUGUAACUACAGUACAGUUGUCCGAUACCGCAUCGCCGGAAUCUUUCAGCGAAUACGACGGAAAUUGGACGCGCAAGCAAUCGUGGGAUAUGGAAAGUAGAAAUUCGAAGGAAUCCUUUGACUUUAGCCGUGGUGGAAGACGACUUGGCUCCGGUAUGGUUUUUAUCUAUAUGGUGAUACCGCCGGACGGCGGAUUCGGCUGGGUAAUCAUGGUGUUGUCCUUCCUCGCCCAGCUGAUAGUCGAUGGUAUAAUUUUUACCAUUGGGGUCUUAUUGCCAUCUAUUGCUCAGGAUCUGGAUGUCUCCAUAUCGUCGGUUUCGUUUGUGGCCAGUGUCCAGAUUGGUUGCUACUUCACUAGCGGAGCGUUUUCUGCCGUCCUGAUAAAUCGUUUUGGAUUUCGAAAGGUAGCCAUCGCUGGGGUCCUGUGUUCUGCCACCACAAUACUGGCAUCCAGUUGGAGCGUCAGCCUGACCAUGCUGAUCUUCUUUUACAGCGUCCUUGUACCAGCCUGCGCAGGUGGCAUUACGUUGAGCAUGAUCUGGGCGAGUUCGCAGCUGAUCGUUGGCUACUACUUUGAGCGGUACCGUCCGAUGGCCAAUGGAUUUUCCUGCAGCGGUGGCGGGGCCGGCAUAGUACUCUUCACGUUCCUCAACAGCUGGCUGGUGCCAAUCAUCGGAUGGAGAAACAUGCUACGAACGCAGGCGGGACUGAUAAUGUUGAUCUUGUUGAUGGUGGUCGCCUACGUGGAGGUUGCUCCCACCCAGGUGGGCUUGUACCAUUUGCCCGGUUCUUCGGAAACCAGUUCGGAUGAGUAUUACGGCAACUUCUACGUGCAUGACUAUUUACGUCAAUCCGCGCUGACUGCUGGAAGCAAGAGUAUCCUAAGUACAUAUGAGCCACCCCCCAAAAAGAAAGGAUGCGCCAAGUUUUGCCCCUCCUCGAACUGUUGUUGGAGGCGGCGGAAGAAGUCCGAAAACGAUGAAGAGCAGAAUCUGCUCAUCCGCCCGGCGCCCCUGGAGCGGGAGGAUCUCUUCUAUACGGGUCCCGCCGAGUACGAAAAGCCGCGCAGCACGGAGAACCUCGACGGCAAGGAGUUCCACCUAAUGGGAUCGGAUAAGAAUACCCAGCAAGUGAACUAUGGCAUCAAGAACAUUCAUUUGGAUGAUGAAUCCGAUAGAGUUUCUAGAGUUCAUAAGGAACGAAGAUGGUCUAACGAACAUACGAAAAAGCAAAAUUCCUGUAGGAAUAGCCGGUUUAUGCUCACUCUGCUCAAACUGUUCGACUACCGUCUGCUGAAACAGUUUGAGUUCAAGAUUCUGGUGGCCUCCGCCUUUCUGUUCCCGAUGGGCUUUAAUAUACCCUUUGUUUACUCGUCUGCACGAACCACGAUUCCCAUCGAAUAUGCACGUAUGAUCGGCCCCAUUAUCGGAAUUACUAACCUUGUGAUGAGGAACAUCCUUGGCAUCCUCGCUUACAAAAGGCGAACCUGGACCCUCGGACUGUGUGGCUGCGGUCUAGUUUUCGGUGGGGUUUCCGUAUUGAUUAGCGCCUUCUACGGAGAGAACUUGAUUUGGUUUCAGUUUCUGUACGGCUUCUCCUAUGCUGUAGCGCCAGCUGUUUAUUCCACACUGAGAGGUCUUAUAUACGUUAAAUACCUGGGACUUUCAAAAUUGACCAACGCUUUUGGGAUUACCUCAUUGGCCAUGGGAAUGGGCGCCUUUAUUGGGACUACAAUUGCCGGUAAAUUGAUAGGCAUCACGGGAAACUAUUCUGCUGCCUUUUGCUUUGCGGGAUUAUGCCUCAUAAUGUCCGGAUGUCUGAAGCUUCUGCUGCCCGCGCUUAUCAAGUGUCGCAACAGGAUGGCAAAAUGAGGAAUCGGACUGUUGGAAUUGCAAUAUUUAUUGGUUGUCCUGCUUGGAACUUUGGAUUGUCUUACAACUAAUAGUUUAGGCAUUUUUAUGACUUUUUUUACUGGUCCUUGUUCCAAAUUCUGAGUAAAUGUUUUUAUAUGCGUGUAAUUGUUAACUGACCAACGUCUUUAACUAUUACAUCCUCCUUAUUAAAGAUUUAUUUUCAAUAUAAUUUCAAUUCAAGUGAGUUCUUUUUGGGGUUGACUUUUAUUGCAAUCCAUUUUAAGUUAUUAGUUAGCUUAGUUUACAUCUAAUAUUAGCUUAGUUGCUGAACAACACACUUUGGCUCCACGCUUAUAGGUUCAAGUGUGCUGUGUUUGGUUUUUCAUUUGGUUUUGUUUCCAUUUUUCCUUGUUUGGGUAUGCAAAUUUUCACGCUUCUUGUUUACUUUGAUUUGCUUUCUAAACUUUGUACGUCUACUGUUCAAUGUUUUUUUUCUUCAUUUUUUAUAUUUUAUGAUGAUUUUUUUUUACAUAUUAUUUAGAGCUAAAGCAACGAAAAAAAAAUAUAUAAAUCAAUGUGAACACAUUAACAUAAGAAUGUUUGAAUCGACAUCCGCAAGGACGAAUGACUCCAAUCCUCUGUGUCCUGUGUCUAAAUCUUUCUUGUGUUUUUAAUAUUGUCAGUAGUCUUCCCCAUCGUCGCCUCUAAUUUAAUCCAUUUUUAAUUGAAGUCUCUGCCGUCUGCGUUAAAACCAAUGUCAUUUGAUAAUAUUAAGUUAAAUUAAAAUCUCCUUGCGGGAUGAUCCACACUCCUAACGGCCUGGCUGGUCUUUCUUGUUCACACAGAAAAAGCAAUUCUUACGCCUUAAAUUAAAAUUAUAUUUAUAUCGCCUGUG